AUGUUUCUGGGUCUUUUACUUACGGAGAGGGGAAUAGAAGCUAAUCCGGACAAAUGUGCAGCUAUCAUAAAUAUGAGGAGCCCAAGCAACGUUAAAGAGGUGCAGAGGUUGACAGGAAGGAUGGCCGCUUUAUCUCGUUUUCUUGCUAAAAGUGGGGAUAAGGGUUUUCCCUAUUUCCAAUGUUUAAAGAAAAAUGAGAAAUUUCAAUGGACAGAUCAAUGCGAGGAAGCUUUUCAAAAACUGAAAGAAUAUCUGAGUAAGCCACCAGUAUUGUGCAAACCGGAGAAAGACGCUGAUCUAGCGUUAUAUAUCUCGAUGACCGAGCAUGCAGUCAGCUCGAUAUUGGUACAAGAGUCCAGAGGGGAUCAAAGGCCCGUGUAUUUCGUGAGCAAGGUACUUCAUGGUGCUGAGGUGAGAUAUCCGACUAUAGAGAAGGCUGCCUUGGCUAUAGUGGUGUCGGCUCGGCGUUUGAGGCAUUAUUUCCAGAAUCAUAGGGUCAAAGUGAUGACGGAUUUGCCGAUCAGAUACAUACUACAAAAACCAGAUAUAUCAAGCAGAGCUCAGUUUUUAGCUGAUUUUCUAGUAGAAUUAUCUGAGCCACCUGUCGAUGAUCGGCAAGCUACAAAGAUAUCAUGGAUUUUAUUUGUCGACGGGGCUUCUAAUCUGAAAGGAAGUGGUGCUGGUAUAGUAUUAGAAGGACUAGAAGGAGUUCUAAUUAAACAAUCUUUGAGAUUUGCUUUCAAGGCUAGUAAUAAUCAAGCAGAGUAUGAAGCUUUGAUAGCAGGGAUGCUUUUGGCUAAAGAGAUGGGUAUCACUAGGUUAUUAGUCAAAAGCGAUUCCACAUUAGUGGCAGGCCAGGUGACGGGAGAAUUCCAGGCUUGUGAUCCACAGUUGGCUAAAUUCAAGUCGAUAUACGUUGAUCGAUGGUCAUUUGUUCAAUGGAUUGAGGCCGAGCCAGUUGCUGUGAUUUCUGGUAGUCGGGUUCGGGAAUUUAUCUGGAAGAACAUAGUCUUCUCUUCUAUGGAGCAUCCCCAAACGAAUGGUCAGGCUGAAGCCGCUAAUAAAGUGAUAUUAAGGGGUGUGAAACGAAGAUUGAUGGCCGCAAAAGGGGAAUGGCCAAAUGAGAUACACCGAGUGUUGUGGGCAUAUCAUACCACACCUCAGACGUCCACUCGAGAAACCCCAUUUACUCUGGUAUAUGGUACAGAUGCGAUGAUCCCCGUGGAAAUCUCGGAGAAUACUAGGAGGGCGAGGACGUUUAAUGAGGAGGUUUCUGAGGUUGGGCUUUGA